AUGGAAGUCCCUCAGUCUGGCUAUCAACAGCCCGUCGGCAUGUAUCAACAAUACCAAGCCGACUAUGCUGCUCAAACUGCUCAAUUCAACCCUAUGAGCGCCAAUACGCGACUCUGGGCUCAGAAUCAACCUCAGCUCCCUUACAACCCAAACUCGGGCGCUUACAUCAAUUCUUGGCCUUCAUCUUCUGCUAAUUCGGCGCCUGCUCAAUCCGGCGCGUCGCCACAGUACGAUGGGCAUCAGCCACAACCACCGAGCUUUGAACACUACUCUCAACACGUUCAGAACUUCGAUACACCCCAAGUGCAGAGUACUGCUGGUCCUGCUCGUGUUCCUCGACGCCAAACAGCCCAAGAGAAAGUGGUUCAAGCCGACCCUACUCGCCAGUCUUCUGCCUCGAGGAGUGAGCGCUCACGGGGACAACGUGGCGAAAGCUCCGCGUCGGCUCACACAAGUCAACCACCGACCACCGCUACCUGUACUUCCAGCCAAUCAGGCUCUACCUCUGCUCUAACUCUACCGGGCUCAUCGUCGACUGAUGCAUCGCUCAAUAAUACUCCUGGACCGGCGGGCAAUCUAUCUUCUGCGCGGGACACCAUUGCCGUCGAUGCGACCAAGAAGAAGUCCCGCCUCACGAAUCUCGAUCGCCGCGACAUCUGCAUCUAUCAGCGCGAUACGCCAGGCGUGCGUCAGGAGGAUAUCGCUCAGAAAUGGGGCGUCGAGCGCAGUACUAUCAGCAAGGUUCUCAAGGAGAAGAAUAAGUGGCUCUUCAUCUCCGCCGAAGAGACGGUUGAGAUCGCCAAAGCCAGGCCACCCAAGUUUGAGCACAUUGAGGAGAAGCUUCUGGAGUGGUGCUUGACCAAACACGACGCUGGCUCGGCUAUCUUGGACAAGGAGAUACGCGACAAAGCUCUCGAGCUCGCGCAGGGUAGUGCCUCCGCUACCAACAAGUUCAAGGCGUCGCACGGCUGGAUCGACGCGUUCAAGCGGCGCUUUGGAAUCCGCAAGGGCAUCUUCCUCGGGGAGGGUACUUUACACGAGAAGAAUCGCGCUUUGGGCAACGGAGUGGGCAACGUAUCCAUCAUGGAUAUUGGGCCAACCAUGAUGGACAGCCUCUAUCGGAUGGGAGAGUAUGAUCCGAACGCGGCGGCGAGGGAGGUAGUGUAUGACCUACCUAUAUGGAAGAAGUCCAUACAGGAACUCACGGAGAAGCGCGGUGGGAGGCCAUGGCACGAAUUGACAGAGGAGGAGCAGCAGGCAUCGCAAGCGGCUGGGGAUAACGACAUGUAUCCACACUAUCAGAUGGCGGCAGAAGAGGCCAAGCUCGAAGACACGGCUCUCGAAGAGGCCAGAAACGAAACGUAUGAACUGGAGGACGCCGCGCUCGCUGCGGGCGACGAGUCGUUCGAUCGCAGGGCGACGUUCGACGAGAUCAUGCACGAGAAGUUGGCGGCAAUUGACUAUGAGUCUGUCGAUGUGCCUGAGCUGGACGUUCCUCCCGUCCCUGGUCAGCACCCUGACGAUAUCGAGCCCACACCCGGUCCAUCUGGCGAGCGAGCGCACGAGGCGAUCUGGGAAGUCAUCCGGUUUUGCAUGCCUCGCCGUGGCCGCGUGUUCUCGAACGGGCACUGCGCGGUCCUACUCGAGAUCUGGGCUCGGACCAUGAUUAUCUACGAGCGUCAACGGCGCGCUGGUGCGCGUAGGCUUGCCUACGAGCAAGUCUAUUUCAAGGACCGGAAAAACGACGUGAAGCACGCGGAGGAGAUGAUCGCGGAGAAGGAGAGGGACUUUGCGUUGAACCCCACGGGUGAACCCACCGGAAAGGAUGUAGUGGCACGACAGACGCGGAAGGAGGAUCUGGAAGCGCUGCUGCAGCUCAAAGAGGCGCAUGAUGAACUCAUUAAGGAUCCCGAUCAGGCGACGUGGCUCAACCAAGUUCAUGAUGCGCAGAGGGAGGAGGAUCCUAGCCUCGUACCUAUAGCGCCUGUGGCGUCCACGUCUGCUCUCCCUCUCUCCCCGCCACCUACUGAGGCACAGCCAAUCGCCUCUUCACCGACGUCCGGUUCUUCCUCGUCUUCGCCUGCAGGAUCCUCCGGCGCCCUUCUCACCCCCCGGUCCGCACUUCAGGAUGACGGCAUCGAGAUCUACACGCCCACAUCGCUUCCGCCGGAGGGCCACUUCCUGCGUCGCAUGUUGACCAGACCUGAUUCUUCCCUUGUCAGCGUCCAGUGUCCAACCAAACCAUUUUGUAAUCCUGAAGACCUAAACUUCCCGCCCGAACUUCUCUAUGGAGGCGGAGCACCGGGCUCGGUUGGAGCUCCCUUAUGGGCCGAGUCGGGCACGGUGUGGACUGGAAUGGGGCUAUUUGGCGAUUCCCCUCAGGAUGAGCCGCCGGACGUCGACAUGUCUAACGCGCCUCCAUCCUGA